AUGACCGACAUCGAUGUGACUAGGCGGAACAAGAAGCCCAGGUUAUUGCUUGAGUCCGAAAGAGCGCGCCUGGAGGAAUUCAUUGACAGUAUUGGAUACUCGGCGAGAUACUCUGACAGCGAAUUCGAAUACCGUCAUGUGCAACUGCCGAAGGCCAUGUUGAAGGUCAUCCCGAGAGACUACUUUGAUGACUCGAAGGGCACUUUGAAAUUGCUAUGGGAAGAAGAAUGGAGAGGAUUGGGUAUUACACAGAGUCUAGGAUGGGAGCACUAUGAAGUCCACGAGCCAGAACCGCAUAUCCUCCUGUUCAACCUCCUACUCAUUGAUCUUGGAACAAUUUCACCCGAAUCACUUCUCCGACUAGCGCAGCAUUGGGAGGGCGUUUUCUCCGGAAACACAGGAACCGGGUUCAAAUGUGCAUUCAGCGAGCGUGCUUACUACCAGUUUGUGUAUGUCUUGAUGAAUGGAUCCCGCGACGGCCAAAGAAUUUAA